AUGUCCGGAACCAGCUCUCCUCACUCUGGCGCUCGCCGCGGCACACCACUAUCGAUCGAGGUGCCGCCACUGCAGCAACCAUCACCUCCAUCAAACACCCUCCUUAUCACAGAUCUAAACGACCUCGCGCUCUUCCAGCCGAGUUCUCUGGACUCUAUCAAGGCCCACAUAACAGCCACCGCACCGCUAAACUCAUUCUCCCCUCUGCCGUCCUUCCGGCGUAUAGUCUGCUCGUUCCUCACCGUCGAGGACGCCGUCAAAGUCCGCCAGCUGCUGGACAGGGAGCCGCUACAGGGAAAAGGCCGGGCACGGGUGUACUUUGGCGAAAACACACCUAUCCAAACAGACUCAGACGGGAUGAGACGCAGCAAUCUUCUUGAAGCACCCCAGUCACAGAAGAUGUUCUUUAUUAGUCCGCCACCCAGCCCUCCACACGGAUGGAUGAUGCGCAACGAGGAGCCGCCAAAUAAGGAGGUUCAUGCUUCUGAUUUGGCUGAUGCGCUGGGCAGACUCGGACGGUUGUAUGGUUCUGAUAGCCAUGUUAACGAGUCGGGUCAUCGACCAGAGACACCUGUUUCUCCCACAGACGUGGCUACUGCCACGAGCAUAGAAAUGAAGGGAUCAGGACAGAGAAGCCGGAGCAGUACUUUGAUUUACCACCCAGAACACCAUGGAAGCAGCCCGAACCUACCGGCUGUGAUGGUUGAAGACACUUCGGUUGGCUCUGAUAUGGAUUCUGACAUGGAUCUAAGCCCCCUUGAUGCUCGGCCAAAGAAAAUAUUUGCACACACUUCUCGUCCUCCAACAGAGUUGAUGGAGGAGUGA